AUGCCUUUCCACAACCUUCCCAACGAAAUCAUCCUUGAAAUCCUCUACCAUCUCGAUUAUCAAUCGGAAUUGAACGCAGUAGCGCAAACAUGCAAAUUUCUCAAUGCACUCGCCAACAAGGCUCUUUAUUCGCAAUUGCCCGAGACAACCAGUGGAUUCAUGCUGGAACGUCUAGUCACCAAUGGCAACGCAGAUGCCCUACGUCGCCUGAUUGAUCAUGGAGUGAACAUCAAUUCUGUGCUCAGAGAGGGCGGAGCCGAUAAUUUGACGGCUGUCGCAGCUACCAACGGACAUCUUGAGAUCGUCCGUUUGCUGGUAGACCAGGGCUCCCUCUCUACGAAUUCGAAUGAUCCACCCCUUCUAUGUGCGUUAAUCAGUGAAAACAUGGAUAUUGCUCAAUACCUGGUCUCACGAGGAGCCAAGGCAGAGAGCUGCCACGGAUUAAACGACCAAGCAGGGGCGCUAAUGCGUACGGUUCGUGCUGGCUCAUUGAGUGCAGUCAGGUAUCUGGUAGAGAAAUUAGACUUUGAAGUCGACCAAUCUACUGGGUGCAUCCUGCUCAGGCAAUCGAUCCAAAAUGAGAAAUGGGAUAUUGCGUAUUAUCUUCUCCAAGCUGGGGCGAAUACGAUGUUCAAUGAGGCUCACCAAACCAUGCCUCUGCUCUUUGAAGCUGCACUAAAAGGUUUUCCUGAUAUGGGUGUUGUUUCAUUUUUAUUGGAAAAGAACGGAAUCCCAAAGCUUGAGGACUCCCCACAUUGGCGGGUUUUGGCAAGACGCGGGAAAAGAGAAAUCUUGUCACACAUCCUGGACAAUAUCGAUAUGUCCGCAGCCGCCGAAGAAUAUGGAGCAUAUCGCAGUCUACUAGUUCUGUUUUCUGCGGUUGGAAAAGAGGGUUUGCUACGUCAGACUUUGGACAGUAAAUCCUACAUCCUAUAUAAUUACCCGUUUGCCCGUCGUGUGGCGCUUGACGAGGUAACUUAUAAACUCCGCUGCCCCUGGAAUCCCCUUCAUUGGGCAGUGAAGAGAGAUCAUAUCGGUUGUGUCGACAUACUGAUUGAAGUCUACUCGAGAACUUUGUCGCCUGAACAGUUGAAAGAGCUGGUCUCGAGAAUUACAUUACAAGCAGUAAAGGCAGGUAAAUUCCUCAUGGCCCGUCAUUUACUUUGCAAGUACCCCGAUGAUACUGUCAAACUCAACCACAUACCACGGGCCUAUAGUGGCAGUGAAGACUGUUCCCGGCUUGUACUGGACUGUGUUAUUUAUCAGGAGGCCAGCCCUGGCGCACUGAAAGGCCUCUUUGGUGAAGCUUGCCGAUACGGAAAUUCCUCGGCUGUCAAAAACUGGCUGGAGAUAUUGGAACUGAGAGGGAUCGAGAUUCGCCUCCAGAAAACUGCUGACAGCGGUCUUCAAGACGACGAAGUCAAUCAGCUUUUUAAAUCUGUCGCAUGUCCAUGUAACUUUGAAAUUUUUAACAUGUUGCUUGAGCACAUGAAUGUCGAGCUCUGUCCAAGCAGUCCUACGCACCAGCAAAUUCUAUUGAAUUUUGUUAGAUCAACUGAGACUGAGGUUGUCAAAUUAUUUCUUGACAAAGGAUUCGAUGUCAAUAAUUUGUGCUGUGAUGAGCAAGGAAGAAUGCUAUCGCUGUUGGUCACAGCGGCAUCUGAUUGGGGCGCUGAUGAAGAGGUAGAGCGAAUGACUCAGUUAUUGCUCGAUCGUGGGGCGUUGGCCGAUUCUAUUGGUCACAAUGGGAUUACAGCUUUGACCCAUGCGACGGAGGAAAUGAGACAAGGUGUCAUAGACAUGCUGCUUGAUCGAGGUGCAAAUCCCAUUUUUGGAUUGGGGGACAGAAUUACACCUCUUGAGACUGCAGCCCGUGACUUCAAGUCAGAUGUGCUGAAGAAGUUUUUGAAUGUGAUGGAUACUCGAAAUCUCAAGUUCGAUAACAUCCUGAGCCUACUUCCCUCUCUGACAGAUGAUAAUGUUGAUUGGUCUGUUGAUACGGCCAAGGCUUUGACGCAAUAUCACUGGCGUUGUCUGUAUCCCGUUUGA